AUGGGGCUUGAGGGGCGAGAGACAGGGCUCUACCCCUGCCCUCCCGCCCUCCCAACUGGCCUGCCACGACAGACCCUGCUGCCCACACUCAAUGGCAGCGGGCUGGGCCAGGAGUUUGCAGGCCCCUGGCCAGAGAUCCCAGAGCGGUCCCCCUGCGUGGCUGGCAUCGCCCCUGUCAUCUACUACAGCAUCCUGCUGGGCCUGAGGCUGCCUGUCAACCUCCUGACCUCAGUGGCCCUGGCCCGCCUUGCCACCAGGACCAGGAAGCCCUCCUACUACUACCUACUGGCACUCACGUCCUCGGAUAUUGUCACCCAGGUGGUCAUCGUGUUCGUGGGCUUCCUGCUACAGGGCGCCGUGCUGGCUCGGGAGGUGCCCCGGGCAGUGGUGCGCACGGCCAACAUCCUGGAGUUUGCUGCCAACCACGCCUCCGUCUGGCUCGCCGUGCUGCUCACGGUCAACCGCUACAGCGCCCUGUGCCACCCCUUGCAUCAUCGGGCCACCUCGUCCCCAGGCCGUACCUGCUGUGCCAUUGCCACUGUCCUCAGCGUUGCCCUGCUGCCUGGCAUGCCCUUCUACUGGUGGCCGGACGUGUGGAGGGACGCAGAACCCCCCAGCACCAUGGACAAGGUCCUCAAGUGGGCUCACUGCCUCAUCGUCUAUUUCAUCCCUUGUGGCGUCCUCCUGGUCACCAACUCAGCCAUCGUCUUCCGGCUAUGGCAGAGGACGCAGGGUGGACUGUGGCCCUGGGUGGGCAAGAGCACAGUGAUCCUCCUGGGGGUCACUAUGCUCUUCGGUCUCCUCUGGGCACCCCGCAUCUUCGUCAUGCUCUACCACCUGUACGUGGCCCCCGUCCACCGGGACUGGAGAGUCCACCUAGCUUUGGACGUGGCCAACAUGGCAGCCAUGCUCAACACGGCAGUCAAAUUUGGCCUCUACUGCUUUGUCAGCAAGACUUUCCGGGCCACUGCCCGAGAGGUCAUCCAUGAUGCCCACCUGCCCUACCUGGUGUCUCAGCCAGAGGACACGGUGGUGGAGCCUGAGCUGAAGUCCCCAGGACUUCCCAAAGGGGCAAAAUCAUAGAGGAGGGGGUCCAGCAGGCAGCUUGGGGUGGCUCAGGGCCACAAAGAUUGGGGGCCUUGUGGUUGGCCCUUCCUCAACACCCUACUUUGCACUCUGGAGGUGGGGG